AAAAACAAAAUGGUUGUAAUAGGGAAGAAGAAAUAUCAAUCAGGAGAAGGGGCCCAAUUUAUGACCAGAAAAUCAGCAUUGAAGAAACUGCAACUUUCUUUAAAUGAAUUUCGCAAAUUAUGUAUAUUGAAAGGAAUUUAUCCAAGGGAGCCUCGUAAUCGUAAAAGAGCACAAAAAGGUGACGUUGGAAUAAAAACUUUGUAUCAUAAAAAGGAUAUUCAAUUCUUAAUGCACGAACCGAUAAUAUGGAAAUUAAGAGAUUACAAAAUAUUCAAUAGAAAAGUUGGAAGGGCCAGGGCACUUAGAGAUUUUGCUGAAAUGAAAAAAUAUUUAAGUAAUCAUCCAACUUUGAAAUUGGAUCAUAUCGUCAAAGAACGCUAUCCAACAUUUAUAGAUGCUUUGAGAGAUUUAGAUGAUUGUUUAACUUUAUGUUUCUUGUUCAGUACAUUCCCAUCAUUAGCUCAUAUACCACGCGAUCAAUCAGCUCUGUGCAGAAGGUUGACUAUUGAAUUUUUACAUUUCGUCAUAGCAGCUAAAGCUUUACGAAAAGUUUUCAUAUCCAUAAAAGGUUAUUACUAUCAAGCAGAAAUUAAAGGCCAAGCGAUAAAUUGGAUCGUACCACAUCAUUUCUCUUUUGAACCACAAGAAAAAAGAGAAGUUGAUUUCAAAGUUAUGUCCAUAUUCGUGGAAUUUUAUAUUGUAAUGCUUGGAUUUGUUAAUUAUAGACUUUAUCAUUCUCUUAAUUUGUUUUAUCCUCCACAAUUUAAUAAUACCGGUCAGUGCGAAAAGAAUCUUGUAGAUGAGGAAGCGUUUGUAUCGGAAAGAAUAAGUGCAUUGAAUGUACCACUUAUGGCAUUAGAUCCUACCAUACAAGGUGUAGAAGAUGAAGAAAUGGAAUUAGAUCAAUUUUCUAAGGAUGUUGAUGCUCAACAAUUGGAAGCAGCUAAAUUAGAAGCUGAAAAAAUAAAAAAAUUGAAGACAUUAUUUAAAGGUUUGAAGUUCUUUUUGAACAGAGAAGUACCGAGAGAACCAUUAGUUUUUGUUUUACGUUGCUUUGGCGGAGAAGUUUCUUGGGAUAAGCUAUUGUUCGUUGGUGCUACUUUUGAUGAAAAUGACGAAACAAUCACGCAUCAGAUUGUGGACAGACCUAGUAUGGAUAAACAAUUCUUAUCUAGGAAUUACGUACAACCACAAUGGGUGUUCGAUUCAGUGAAUGCAAGAGAAUUGUUGCCUAUACAGAAAUAUUUAAUGGGUGCUGUUCUUCCACCACACUUGUCUCCAUUUAAUGAAAGCCGAUUAGAUCAAACAUAUAUUCCACCAGAGGAACGUGCAUUGAUCAAUCCUGAAUAUAAACUCAAAGAUGUUGAAGAUGAGGAAUUGUCUUCUGAGAACGAAGAAGAUAAACAGGAAAAUGAAACAGCAGACAUGGAAGAAGGUAGCGAAGAAGAAGAAGAAGAGGAAGAAGAUGAUGAUGAUGAUGAAGAAGAAGAAGACGAAGAUGAAGAUGAAGAUGAUAAAAAUGAAAUUAAGGUAUCAGAUAAAGAAAAAGAAAAAGAAAAAGAAAAGAAACGUGAACAAAUGCAAAAGAAAAAGGCAAUGAAGGUGAAGGCAGGUGAAGUAAGGAAGGAAGAUCCUUAUGAAAAGGAACGUCAAGAGAAACAGGAAUAUAGAUUGAGAGAAAAAAUGAUUAAGAAGAAACAUCGCAAUUUGUACAAGAGCAUGAUGCAAGGUCGUAAAGAGAGAGCUAAAGAAAUCUGGUUACUGCGAAAAAAGAGGCGAAUUCACGACAAUGCUGAGAAAGAAAAACAUAAAGAAGCUCGUAAAUUAAAAAAACGCAAACUUAUUGAAUAAGUAAGAUAAAUUAAAAAGAGACGAAAUAAUUCUAAUGUUAAUUGCUAUGAAAAAGAAAAGAAUGAAUGACAAAAAAAAAAAGAUAAAAGAUAGUUUUUAUGACUUUCCUAAUUCUUAUACAAAUCAAUGUAAGAUCACUUAUGCAGUCACUUUCUCGAUCAGUAUAUGUAUAUAUAUAUAUAUAUACAGUUAUGUAUUAUAGAAAGAAAGAGAAAGAUGCCUUCGAUCCAGUCCUCCCACCGAAAGUGCACCCACGCAUUCAACAAUCCUGAUCUUUGCUUUUUCCAUCGAAGGACUUUGAAGGCCAGACUUCCUACACUUUUAAACCCACGCGUUCUCCUCCUCACACGUAUAUAUGUGCAUUAAUAUAUACAUAUUAUAUAUUUACAGAGUGUGGUCUUAUUACGAUGAUGAUAUCAUCGAACAUAAGGAUUUCUGUACUAGUAUAUUGAUCUUGAAAAGUGAGGUUUUUCACUUUUUUUUGUUUCUUGAUUGAAUAAUUCAAUAUCCUUUUGGCCUGAUUUCUUUGUCAUUUUAAAUAUUGCAUAUUAUAUAUUGUAUUAAUAGA